AUGCAAGGAUCACGCUUUACAGAAGAAUUUGAUUCAGAUUUAUCACCUCCCCGCAAAAGCGAAAGUCCUUUAGAAAAGUUAAUGCUAAUCAAUAAAACGCAAUCUAUAACAUUUGUUGUGGCACUAUUGGCUUGGACGUCCGUUUCAUUUAAUUUUUUCAUGGUUACGUUUACAUUACCUUAUAUUGCUCGAGAUUUCAAUUUGCGUCCAUCUGAUGUUGCCUUAAGCAUUACUUUUAUGUUAAUAUUUCGACCGUUAGGUGCUUUGAUAUUUGGAUUAUUAUCAGAAAGAUACGGUAGGAAAUACCCAUUAAUGGUUGAUAUUUUUAUGUCCAGUGGACUACAAUUAGCAUCAGGGUUUGCACCAAAUUUUUCAAUCUAUGUUAUUACGAGAGCACUUUUUGGAGUUGCUAUGGGAGGGGAAUGGGGUUUAGGAGCCGCAUUGUUAUCGGGAGUUUACCAAGAAGGUUACUCACUUGGAUUUCUCCUAGCAGCGAUAGCAUAUUAUGCCGUAAUUACUAAUUGGGGAUGGCGUGUCACGUAUUUCAUAGGUUCAAUUCCGGUUAUUCUUGUCAUAAUAAUAUAUUUUUUGGUACCAGAAUCCGAAGAAUGGCAAAGACAACGUGUUUUACGUAAAAAUUCAUAUAGUUCACUUGAAGAAAUACGGUCAAUUGCAACAAAACAUUGGAAAAAAUUUUUUUUCGCCUUAUUUUUAAUGACCGUGUUAAAUUUCGUAAUUCACGGGUCAAAAGAUUUGUACCCAACAUUUUUGAAAGUUCAACUUGACUUUACACCAGGUCAAAUAACAAUUAUAACAAUAAUUGCAAAUUUAGGAUCAAUAAUUGGAGGAGCAAUAAGUGGUUACAUUAAUCACUGGGCUGGAAGAAAAAAUACAAUGAUCUGUUUUAUCUUUUUCACCGCAUGUUUUUUACCUUUAUAUGUUAUGCCGAGAAAUCAUUAUGUUUUGGCAAUGGGUGCUUUUAUUGUUUACCUUUGUAUAGCUGGUUGCUGGGGAGUAAUUCCAGUUUAUUUGAAUGAAAUCUCUCCAAUUGAACUUCGUGGAACUUUUCCCGGUUUAGUCUAUCAACUUGGCACACUAUUGGCCGCUUCUUCCGCACAGAUUGAAGCAUUCUUCGGUGAAACGCUAAUGAAAGAUGGGAGCCCUAAUUAUGGUUUAACAAUUGCUUUAUUAACAGGUUUCUCUUCCUUUGUUAUAGUUCUUAUUUUAAACUUUACUAAAAAUGUUUAA